AUGAAAAACUACGAUCGCGAAUUUCGCAACUUGAUUGAUAAUCACGAUCGUCGGCAAUUGUUCAUGGGCGCUAUAAAUUCACUAAUAGAUACCCCAGGCGGUUAUUCUGUUCUUCAGAGGAAUUCAGAAACUCGUCAUUGUCGUUUUUGUGGGUCUGCUUACAACGAUGUUUGUACCAAAGAUAUUCACACGUCACGUUUGGAAGAUCAUCAUCCUGCUGAGCUCUGUGGUAUUUGGCUGGGAAGAUUGUAUUCAAAUCAGAUGAAAGAGAUCCGUAUACAUGGAGACUUCACAGCUUUGUCUGCAACUCAGUCACACUGUGCUGAAACUGAAGGUAAUUUUGAAUCAGUAGGAUCUCCGCUGAUCACAUUACCAAAGCGUUCCUGCGCCCCAACACGGUCACAAGUUGCGACGUUGCUUCGACAUUCUGACACCACAAAAAACCAAUCCACAUUAAAGGAUUUUUUUUCUACAAUGGAUAUUCGUAAUUCAAGUUCAGUUCAGUAUACAGAACUUGAAGGUUGUCAUAUUAACGGGUGUUUGUUCGUAGAACAUGGGAAUUUGGUUUUCCAAGCUGCAAGCAAGAGGUCACAUGUUCCAUUUCUGCUCAUCGAUCAACAAAUGCUGGGACCAACUAGCGACUGUGUUGCUCCAAUAUUUCAUCAAACUAAUAGAGAACGAUUCCUUGACAAUCCGAAACUGCAUUGCUCAAUUCAGCGUCCAUUACCGAUUUCUUCAUUUCUUGAAAAUGGUUCUCAUUUGGGGAAUUCAGAUACGGUUGGACAGAAAUGCUCAGCUUCACUAGUGGAUAAUCCUUAUGUAUCGACAAACAGGUACCCUGAAGAUGUCAAACCUCGUCUUCCACCACCACCUUUAAGAUUGUCAUGGCCGUUAGUCACUUUACGUCGUUUUGGCUUCUAUGGCAAUAGUUUGUUUAAAGUGGAAACAGGUAGACGGGCUCCACGCGGUGAAGGACUGUACUUAUUUCGUAUCAAACAUUUACGAGAAUUCAGAAAGUCAUUUGAGACAUGUGUUCAUCAACAUAGAGAUAAUCUAUCCGUUCAUCAAUUAUCAACAUCGAUUUCUGAAAGUCGUUCAUUACAACGAAGUAAUAAUAAUAAUAAUGGUAAUGGAAAAUUAUCAUUCAUUAUGCCAUUUAACAAAAUCUUUCAUAAACAAUCAUCAAUAUCAUUAAGUACUACACCUAUAUUAAAUGAUUCAAUCAAUGAGAAAAUAGAUCGUAAUCAAUUCAACGAAAGAAAUGAUCAUAAAAACAUAAUUGAUAAUCAUGAUCCAUUUCAUCAUUAUCAUAGAUCAUAUCCGCCAGUUUUAACAGAACGUAAUAAUUUAGCAUUUUCAUUUGAUGAUACAGAAAUUGAUCUUCUUCAAAAUCAAACUAUAAAAUUAAUGAAUAAUAAGAAUAAGAAUAAGAAAAUUCAACAAAAACAAGAACAUCAUGAUCGUGUAUCAUCAAAUUGUUUACAUUGGCUUCAAUUACAGAAUUCAUCAAAUCAUUUUAGUACUAAUGAAAAUAAUCAACAUGAUAAUCACACAAACAAUAACCAUGGUAAUAAGCUACAACAUAGUUUUAAAUAUUCUUGUCCACAAUUAACUGAUAUUGCAUCAAUGAAUCCAAUUAACUGUAAUGAAGAUGAUGAUGAUGAUGCUACAGCUACUAGAAGCAAUAUUAGUCAUCAAUGUCAUCAUGUCGGUAGAGGAUGUUGUCAACGUAGUGGUGGUAGUUAUUUUUCUGUUCAUCGAUCAAAUAAUCAUCAUUCACAUUGUCUUAAUAAAGACGCAAAGAAUGAUACAAUUGUUGAUAUGGAUGAGUGUAUUGUUAAAGUUGAUGAAGAUGAUGAAAUAUCUAAUCUACCUGAAGCACCUUUACCACCUUUAUAUAACAAUUCAUCAUCUUAUUGUGAUAUCAUACAAGGACAAAGUGUAUGUUAUCAACGAAUUUAUGAUAAUUUAAUUGCUGUCAAUAAUGGGAUGAAUGAUAUUACUUCUAAUAAUGAUAACGAUAAUUGUUGUUGUAGUACAAUAAGGCGUUCAUUGCCAUCAAUGACAACGCCAACAACACCCACAGUUUGUUUCCCUCAUCAACUAUCUAACGAAUACAGUGAUAAUAAUAAUAAUGUGGCAGAAAUUGAUAAAAAGACCAGUGUAGAUGGGCAAACACAAAUUGACGGGGUUAGUCCUGUUGUAUUAGCAUUAGAAAGAGGUGAUUCAACGCCAUCUUUUGGAGAACAAAAAUUAGCACAUAUCAAUGAUUGUAACAACCCACCUGUUCUGUUGGAAAAAUCAUUGUCAUCUGAUAUAAAUCUACCAGAAAUGAUCGAUAAACCUAGUUCAUUUAUAUCAAACAAUUCUACAACAACAACAACUACUACUACUAAUGGUGAUGAUAAUAAUAACUCGAAAGAACAUGAUGUAAUGAGAAAAUUGCCAUCAAUAUCAACAUCAUCCAAAAUCUACUUACAUUCAAGACAUGCUAGUCUACCAAAUCCAAAUACAUGUAGUAAUACCGUUAUCAUUGGUGAUGGUAUUAGCCGUCGUGAACAUAGUUAUGCUAACACUGGUACUAAUCAUAGUCGACAAGAAAAUAUGCCAUUUCGUGUAAAUAAAAAGAAUCCAUCUGAUUAUUUAUGUAAGAUACAUCGUAAUCUUAGUAAUUCUUCAGACAGAAAGAAUUCUGACAUGCUAGAUAUGAUUAAUGAAUAUUCACCGUAUUAUAAUUUGUCGACAAGUCCUCAGACUUUAACUCAAAUCCAGUGUACUGGCCUGUGCACUUCUCAAACAAUUACUUCAUCGCUACCUGGAGAAAAUAAUCAAAAGUGUAUUCAUUCAUCUAGUGUUUCGUGUUUACCUACUGAUUUCACAUCCAACUGUACAUCUUUAUCUUCUGCAAAUCAUCCCGUUUCAGGGGAUAAUAUAAAUCGUAUAUCAUAUUGCAGUUCAUAUUCAAAAGAAUCACCUAUUCAGACUGCUCGUAAUCAACCCUCACCAUCAGUAGCAUCAUCGUCUGUAACAAUAAGUACUAAUAUUUCUGUUACUACUACUGCUACUACUACUACUUCUCCCUCAAUAACAACAUCUACCACUACCACUGUUCCAUGUAGGAUAGGUAACUUAGGCUGUCAUAACAAUUUUGAAAAGCCCACAAGUAUGUUGCACUAUGCAACAUUAGACUUUGGUAUCAUCACUCCAGAAACAUCCCAUUACAGGAAUGAAAGUUAUCCCGAUAUGAAUACUGUUCGUUGGAAUAACAAUAUCCACGACAUGGAUAAUACACAUACCGGUUCCAGUCGCAAUCAGAAAAGUUGCAGUAUGAACAACACUGUUACUAAUGCCAAUAACAAUAAUAAUAAUAGUCACAGUAAUCUCAAUGAUAAUUAUUCUUCACGUAUUUACGGGACUCUUACAGACACUUUACAUUCACAUUUAAUAGAAUCUCCUUGUCAUCAUCAUUUUUCUGGACAUACUGUAUCUAGUAAUAACAGUGCAAACUGUGAAGAUGUGAUUCGUGAUGAAACAGAUUCUGAUUUACCGUCAAAUUACGUUGCUAUCUGUCAAUUACAAACAUUAGCAAUGCGAGCUGUAUUAAGUGCAACCACAUAA